AUGAAAUUGAUUGCAAAUGCCAUGUACAAGGCGUAUCCGGAAAGAUCGCAAGCACUUAGCAUGUCUCCUAGUUCAUCAUCUGAAGAUGCAAGGGGACUGUCAGAAAGUAUACAGGCAUUUUUACCCUCGAGCGCUUCAUCGAUGAACUUUCCGAGCAAUUCCUCGCCCGCAUCCAAGCAAAUCGUGCCACGCACGUCUUUCAACAGCAUGGCAAUGGACAAGAUGCAGUUUCCACAAGGCGGUCCUUUGGACAAAAAGUACUUCCACUGUGUCGAUGCAAAAAGCGUGUAUAGUUUUUUAAAGGCUAUCGAAUCCGAUUGUAGCAUAAGGAACCGAAAUCCAAGUCUUCAUGCCAGUUCAGAAGUGUUCGACAAGGGAGGUAACUCAUUUCAUUCUUCCUCAUCGCAAGAAUUCCUCAACUCGCCUUCUCGACAGGCGGCAUCAGGUUGCAACACGACGGGACCUGGUGGCAGCAUUCCGUACUUCCAGUGCAACAAGUGCGGGAAGGUUUUUACCAAAGAAGCCGCUCUCGGACAUCACAUGACCAUUCAUGGUGGCAAAGAAAGGAAUUGCAAAGUCUGUGGAAGACUCUUCAAGCAGAAGAGCACCCUGGACACCCACAUGAGGAUCCACACCGGGGAGAAGCCGUUCAAGUGCCAGGUCUGUGACUACAGCUCUGCUUUUCUGAGUGGAUUGCGGCAGCACAAGAUGAGUCAUAAUCACUUUUGA